CCCAUCCUAGACUUGCCAGGCUGCCCGCGCUGCCCGGCGCGCCCCAUUCGGACCCGGGCCGCCGCGUCCCCAGCGUCCCCUUUGAGUCAUGGAUCCUUCAGAGAAGAAGAUCUCCGUGUGGAUCUGCCAGGAGGAAAAGCUGGUGUCGGGCCUGUCCCGUCGCACCACUUGCUCCGACGUGGUGCGGGUGCUGCUGGAGGACGGCUGCAGGCGGCUGAGGAGGCAGCGCCGGGGCCGGCGGCGGGGGGCGGCCGGCGACCCGCCGGGCCCAGAGGAGCUGCCGGAGCCCCUCCUGGACGAGGACGAUGAGGACGACGGCGAGGCGCUGCCGCAGGGCAUGCUGUGCGGGCCCCCGCAGAGCUACUGCAUCGUGGAGAAGUGGCGGGGCUUUGAGCGCAUCCUGCCCAACAAGACGCGCAUCUUGCGCCUCUGGGCGGCCUGGGGCGACGAGCAGGAGAACGUGCGCUUCGUGCUGGUGCGCAGCGAGGCGUCGCUGCCCAACGCCGGUCCCCGCAGCGCCGAGGCGCGCGUGGUGCUCAGCCGGGAGCGCACCUGCUCGUCCCGGGGGGCGCUGCCGUCGCGACCCAACCUGGCCCUGAUUCAAGAGAAACAGCGGCGGGUGGUGCGCAAGGCCUUCCGCAAGCUGGCCAAGCUCAACCGGCGGCGUCAGCAGCAGCAGCAGCCGUCGUCGCCCUCGUCGUCCACUACUUCGUCGUCCACCGCCUCGUCCUGCUCGUCGUCGCCGCGGGCCACCGAGAGCGGGUCGAUGGAGCACAUGGAGACGCUGGUGCAUUUGGUGCUGUCCCAGGACCACACUAUCCGUCAGCAGGUGCAGCGGCUGCGGGAGCUGGACCGCGAGAUCGACCGCUACGAGGCCAAGGUGCACCUGGACCGCGUGCGGCGACACGGAGUCAACUACGUGCAGGACACGUACUUGGUGGGCGCGGGCAGCGAGGUCGACUGCCCCUGCCCGGGGACGGAGAUGGAGACUGCGGCGCCGCCGGCGGCGGCGGCGGCACCCCUGGACGGCGAGGCGCAGGCGGCUCAUCUGGAGGAGCUGGCGCGGCGCUGCAAUGACGUGCUGCGGCUGCAGGAGCAGCGGGCCCAGCAGGAGGAGUUGCUCGAGCGCCUGUCGGCCGAGAUCCAGGAGGAGCUGAACCAGAGGUGGAUGCGGCGGCGGCGGGAGGAGCUGACUGCGCGCGAGGAACCGGGCGGGAGCGACGGCGGCCUCGAGGGCGAGGUGCUGCUGGAGCAGGAGCGGGUCCGGACGCAGCUCAGCACCAGCCUCUACAUCGGGCUGCGUCUCAACACGGACCUGGAGGCCGUCAAGUCGGACUUGGAUUACAGCCAGCAGCAGUGGGACAGCAAGGAGCGGGAGCUCAAGGGCCUCCUCCAGACUCUGCACACGCUGGAACUGGCGGUGGUGCCCGAUGGGGCUCCCGGCUCGGGCGCGCCCCCGCGGGAUCCCGGACCCCAGGCCUGCGCCGCCGACGUGUGGGUGGACCAGGCCCGCGGACUGGCCAAAAGCUGUCCCGGCAACGACGAGGACUCGGAUACAGGGCUGAGCUCCAUGCACAGCCAGGACUCCGAUUCCGUGCCCGUGUGCGAAUCGCUGGUGUAGGAGGCGCAGGGCGGGAGAGGGCGAGAGGCGCGU